GUUGGCCGGUACCACGGGCAGAGCUCUCCGCGCCGCCCCGCCCCGUCGCGUCACGUUGGAGUGCGUCCGCCCCCCGGGCCGCCCCCACCUCUCCGCGCCACGACCCCCGCGAGGCGCCGCCGCCGCCGCGCUCUUUGGAUUCCAGUCGAGUGCCGUGUCGUGUGGAUUGUUUGGACAGUGCCGCAGCGAGUGAGUGUUGGUGUGUGUCAGGCCGCCGCCUGAGGGCCAGCCAGCCGGGGCGGAGCCGCGCCCGUGUCAACAGCGUCGUGAGGCGCGACGUUCCCUGACCAGGAUGUCCCAGGAGUAGCGCUUCAGCAUGCCCGAGGACACGAAGGGCGUCGAGCUGCAGGCCACCAACGGCCCGGCCGCCGCGUCGCCAGCGCCGUCGCCCAGCAAGCGCGCCAGCCGCUCCAAGACCGUCCUCGCCAAGGUGACCCUCCUGGACGGGUCUCCCCUCGAGGUGUCCAUUGAGCGCAAAGCCAAGGGGCAGGAGCUGUUGGACAGGGUGUGUGACGCACUCAACCUCGUCGAGAAGGACUACUUUGGGCUGACCUACGAGGACCGACACGACCUCCGUAACUGGGUGGAACUCGACAGGCGGUUAUCAAAGUUCUUCAAGCAUGAGCCGUGGAAAUUCAACUUUGAGGUCAAAUUCUUUCCUCCAGAUCCCGCUCAGCUCCAGGAAGAUAUAACCAGAUACCACCUAUGUCUUCAGAUACGAAACGAUAUCCUAAACGAAAGGCUUCCUUGUUCAUUUGUCACCCAUGCUCUGCUGGGUUCAUAUUUGGUUCAAUCAGAGCUUGGUGACUAUGACCCAGAAGAACAUGGACGAAAUUACCUCCAAGAAUUUAAAUUUGCACCAAAUCAAACCUCAGAGCUUGAAGAGAAAGUUAUUGAAUUACAUCGUACACAUAAAGGGCAGACACCGGCUGAAGCUGAACUUCACUUUCUGGAAAAUGCGAAGAAGUUAGCUAUGUAUGGAGUUGAUCUCCAUCCGGCCAAGGAUAAUGAAGGUGUAGACAUUAUGCUAGGUGUCUGUGCAUCAGGCUUGUCUGUCUACAGGGAUAGGUUGAGAAUAAAUAGAUUUGCAUGGCCCAAAAUUCUCAAAAUAUCCUACAAACGACACAACUUUUAUAUUAAAAUUAGGCCAGGAGAAUAUGAGCAAUAUGAAUCAACUGUUUGCUUUAAGCUUAUUAAUCACAGAGCUGCCAAGAAGCUGUGGAAAGUUUGUGUUGAACAUCACACAUUCUUCAGAUUGAUGAAGCCUGAACCUACAUUGAAAUCUGGAUUGUUCCCACGAUUUGGUUCUAAGUUCCGCUAUUCUGGACGCACACAUUAUGAAUCAAGGAAACUACCAAUUGACCGACAAGCACCACUCUUUGAGAGGUCAUUGAGUGGAAGGCGACUUACAAGUCGCAGCAUGGACACUCUUGGCCACAGAUCACUUGAUGGAGAGGGUGAUCUAGGUAAAAGACACACCAUGCCGCAUCCAGCUAGAAUCCCAGAGGAGCACACUCUCAACACCUCAAAAGACAAAGACAAGAAAUCUAAGGACAAAGACAAGCGAGGACGUAAGGGCAGUUUGGGCGAGACAAGUGCUAGCUCAGACAGUUCGUUGGAAGGGGAAUAUGAGGCUGGCAGCCGUAGAGACAACUCAACAGAAAAACCAAAGAAACCAAUUGGAGGAGUCGCUGUACUUCCCUUAGGAGGCAUUAAAUUAGGACGCAACAAAAAGAGCAAAGACAAGGAAAAUGGUGUGGGAGACACAGAUGAUGACAAUGAGAAAGAAAAUAGGGAUGAUUCUCUAAUUACUGACCCAUCUGCCGAUGCAGCAAAUAAGAAACUUGGCAAAGCUGAUAGCCCUGAUAAAGAAAAAGGAAAAGUUAAGAGCCCUUUGACGCUGUUUGGCAAAGGCUCCAGCCGCAGAUUCAGUGGUAAGGACAAAGGCCGAUUCUCCGACCAGACCAACGACAGAGAUAACAUCGAGUUGACCGAGCAGACGGGGCAGGGCCAGGGGCAAGGACAAGGGCAGGGGCAGGGGCAGGGUGGGGAGGGCGAAGGGGGUAGGUCCCCCACGGGUACGCCCGGGUCAGCUGUGUCUGCUAUGCUCGCGCGCAAGGCCAAGGAGUCUGAAGACAAGGUGAGGGAGAAGGAGGCGAAACGCAAGCAGAAGGACGAUGAGAGGCGGAAGAAGGACGAGGAGAAGCGAAGACGCGACGACGAGAAGAGGGUCAAGGACGAGGAGAAACGGCGUGCGAAGGAGGAGAAGGAUAGGGAGAAGGCCGCCAAGAAGAAGAAGAUUGCCGUGGGCGUCAAGGAGCUCGCCGAUACAUCCCUGGAGACGGACGUGUCCUCGGCGCAGUCCAGCCCAGACAAGAAGGCCCAGGAGCUGGAGGGCACCGGCAGCCUCGGCUCCACCAGCCCUGGCGGCGGCCCGCCCCACGGCUCCCCCGCGCUCCCCGGCUACACCCGCCAGUACGACUACGUGGCGGAUGACGACGCGGAGCUGAGGCAGAAGCAAUUCAACCCCCAGGGCCGAGGCUUCUCCUACGAGGACCGCCAGCGCCAACAGCAGCAGCAGGAGGAGCAGCGCUCGCCCACCUCGGGCCGCAUCCUCAAGGGCUUGGCCUUCAACUACGCGCCCGGCGAGGCACACAAGCUGGCCGAAACCGCCGAGAAGAGAAAGACGGUCGGGGACAAGAACGCCCAGAACCUGGAGGGCACCACCGGCGCGGCGGGUGCGGGCAUCGGCAUCAAGACGCCCGGCCUGGACUACGUCGAGUCGGCCGCGCGCAAGGAGCAGGCCAAGGGGGCAGCAGGCGACGGCAGCGGGUCCUCGCCGACCGCGCGCCGCAAGCUGGACAUGAAGUCCGGCUUCCUGUUCGGCAAGGACUCUGCCGUGACGACGGGCCCCGCGGGCAAGGCAGCCGCCGGGGCGGGAGCAGUGGGCAGCGGGCCGGCCUCGUACACCAUCUCCACCACCGGCAAGUCCAACUACGACGAGGGGCUGGCGGGCGGCACGUACCCGUACGGCGGCCCUGGAGACUCUCCGCGCGUCGGAGCGGCUACAGCCGCCGCCAGGGCGGGCGCGUCCUCGCCCAGCGGCAUGCGCACUAUCACCACCACGGUCACGACGGAGUACGGCGGCGCGGGGAGGACUUCCCCGAGCAGCCCUACCGCCGACUUCCUGACCAAGGAGGCCGAGUACGCGGCGCUGCAGGCGGCCGCCACGCCAGGGUACAGCGCACCCAGCAGCCCUACUAGCUUCGGCAGCGCCGGCAGCCCUGGCAGUGCCGGCAGCCCCGGUAGCCCCGGCAGUCCCGACUCAAAGACAGGCAAGGACAAGAAGAAAAGCAAGUGGGGCCUGGGUGGCUUGGGCGGUGCGCUCGGAGCCAAGCACAGCGAGGACCCCAAGGACAAGGAACUAAGGGAGGCCAAGGAGAGGGAGGCGAAAGAGGCUAAGGAGAAGGAAGCCAAGGCCAAGGCGGAGGCAAAGGAAAAAGCCGCCAAGGAGAAGGAGCUAAAAGAUAAGGAGGCAAAGGAGAAGGCAGCUAAAGAGAAGGAGGCCAAAGAAAAGGCCGCGAAGGAGAAAGAGCUGAGGGACAAGGAGGCAAAGGAAAAGGCAGCCAAAGAGAAGGAGGCCAAGGAAAAAGAAGCCAAGGAAAAGGCUGCAAAGGAUAGAGAAGCAAAGGAGAAGGCCGCUAAAGAGAAAGAGGCUAAAGAAAAAGAGGCAAAGGAAAAGGCCCUAAGAGAGAAAGAAGCCAAGGAGCUGAAAGAGAAGGAGGGGAAGAGCAAGGAUAAGUCAAGCAAGUCCAAGACCGUCCUCGGAGUUACAGGAUCAACAAAGGCCGGAAAUCCUGAAGAAAGUACAUCGGGUGGGGAAGCAGUUUCUGACAGUGAUGAAAAUACUGAUUUUAUAGAAGGUGAAAAAUCUCGGGGACUCAAAGGCAUUGCAGCUAAGCUGAAGUUGCCUCGUACACCUAGCAAGAAGAAGGGUGGAUCCCCAGACAAGCAGUUGGCCACUGGUACUCCUAAAGUUGUGAAGACUACUACAAAACAAACUGUAGUGAAAGACAGUGAAGGUCUUACCCACAACAUUGAAGAAAAAGUGGAGGAUCUAGGCACGGGCGCCGUUAAUGUGUCUACGCAUGAACACAAGGCUGAAGGCGUAAACGAUAAUGGGCGCUCGCCCUACGUCACCGCAACUGCUGUCACCACACGUACAGCUACAACUCACGAGGAUCUUGAGAAAAAUGCAAAAACAAGCCAGGUUGAGGAAAAGACAGUGGCCCACACCAUGACAACUAGUGCUACUCGCCAAGAACAGCGAGUGGUUACUCAAGAGGUCCGAGCCACAUCAACUGUUUUAAGCGGAAAUGAUUCUCAGCGCCAUAGGUCAUCAAGUUCUUCUGAUUCAACGAGCUCCGACGAUUCUGGCACUCCUGUGGACAUCUUGGAUGACUCUCAGGGCGAGUACUUUGUCAACUGCAAUGCUGAUGAUGAAAUGUUCCAGCCGCAUGGAAUUGUCCAGACUGAAACCCUUGUGUUUGGUGAAGGUGGGGAGGUUCCUGCCUUAACAAGCACAACACAAGUACCUCUCGUUCAAACAGAAAGCCGCAAAGUGGCCCUUGAAGCAGAAGAUGGUACCUAUAGUGCAGAAGGCGAGAUUGUCAGCUCUCAAACAAUCAGCAGUAAAACUCGAACUGUUGAGACUGUUACGUACAAAACUGAGAGGGAUGGUGUUGUUGAGACAAGGGUUGAGCAGAAAAUUACCAUUCAGUCUGAUGGUGAUCCUAUCGACCAUGAUAAGGCACUUGCUGAAGCAAUUCAAGAAGCUACAUUGAUGAACCCAGAUAUGACGGUGGAAAAAAUUGAAAUUCAGCAGCAAACUGCUAGUGGUGCAUCACAAUGAUCUGGUUGAUACAGAUCUGACCAAAACAGAUCUCAAUAAAACAUCUAGACCUGUGGUGCAGAUAUUUAUUCUUUUGGAGAGAUUGGACUUAUGCUCCAAGCAAUCUACCAUACCAUCUCUCCAAAGUACAUCACUUAAGUAGAAAUUUUUGUUUGGUCAGGAAGGAUUCAAAAUCUCAUUUUACAGUCCAUUUCAAAGCACUGAAAUUGGUUAUUUAAAACAGAGUUGUGUGUUGAAAUGCUGCAAAGUUGUCCAUUCAUCACAACUUUAUGUUUGUUUUUGUACAUUUCAAGAGUACUGUCUGUGUAUAUUCAUGCCUGAUCUUUGGCUCACCAUGUGUGCUUCACGCUUUACUUUAUGCCACACACCCUGCAUCUUAUCUAUUUGUACUUUUUCAUUUCCAUUGUUGAAUGACAAUACAUAAACAGCAGAGCAUAAAUUUCUACAGUGUACCGAAACUCACAAUGCUACACAGUAGCUGUAAACUUUACAACAAUGUGUUGUUGAUUCUUUAAUCGUGCAGUGAGAGAGUACAGUACAGUAUUGGCGUAUUUAAGCAAAGAGGUGCAAGCAUUGUUUUCCUUAAUCCUUUAAAGUGUAAUUGUACUCUUAAAUUGUGUAUAUCUUGUUGUUAGAAUGUAUAUCUUAGUUGGUCUCUGAACUUCUGCCAUUUUUUCCACCUCUAUAAAUUUCCAUGAAUAAUUUUUGAUGUUAUGUUACAAAAAUGUUAUUAUUAUUUUUUAAGAAGCAUUUUACUAAGGACGUAUGUAAUGUUGUGUAUACUAGCAAAGUGUAUUCACGUUUUUAUGUUUUCUUUAUUUUAUUUUUAUAGAACUUUUUUUCCCCCUUUUAUAAGAUAUGUUUUACCUGCUUUGUGCAUGUUAUGCACAACUCCAAUUUUAUGUGACUAACCCUAUCGUAGGCAUCUAAUUUCUCUCUUCCAUUAAUUUUAGAUUCUUAGUUGGUCGAGUACCUGCUAUGCUGCUGCUGUUUCUUAUGUUUGCUCUCCACUCAAUGCACGACACUAUAGUAUUAGCUAUCUGUCCAUCUAGCCAUAGUAAGUUAAUUAUUUGCUUUCAGAAAAAAAUAAUUUUCUUAACUUUUAAUUUAUAUAAAAACUAUAUUGUAAUAAAAUUUAUGUUUUAUGGAAUACCAUGUGUUUUUAUUUAAGCAGGAAAAUAUUUACUUGACCCAGAGUAGACCCAGCUCAUAGGAUCUUUGAUGUAAACUUAUUGUUUUCACAUCCGAUUUGAGAUUAGAAAAAUAAUUUUACAGCUUGUGGCUAAGGUUUGGAUUGGUUUCACUUCGUGAUUGUACAGUGUGUUCUCUCAAUCGAUGAGGUUUUGAGGAAGUUUGAUGACCUUCUGUUCACUUCAGGUGAAUCAUAAUGAGACUUCUGCAUGUGAUACUGCUAUUGAAACCGUCUCUUUAUAAAGACUUAUUCCAAAGCCUUUUCACCCUCACAAAUUUUUAUACAUAGUGUAAUGGUAAGAGGUAGAAUUAAUCUGUCUGCGUUUACCUGAACAAGUCUAGCAACUCAAAUGUAGUUGAUCCAGUUUUUUUUUUCAAAGUAUCAAGCAGCACCAUUCUAGUGUUAAAAAAUAAUGUCCGUAAUUGGUCUCAUUAAAUUUUUAGUCAAGUAUGUUGACCAUGUACACCUUCUUAUUCUCUAAAACUGUAUUAGAAAAAAAAAUCAUGUGUUCUGCCUCUAAGGAACUGAGAAUUCAAAUUGGACUGUAUAUUUUUACAUGUUGGAGAGAAUCAGUUUCUUGACUGCCACAUGCCUGUAGAUUAGCUUAAUAGGCUGUUACACUUCACUGCCACUUUCUAGCAGUCAGGAUAAUCCAAGCAUUUAUGUUCUAAAAGAAUUUGUAUCUCAUGUGGGAUUUGCUUUCCAGUAUCAUGUUGAUGUUCUCAGUGGAAAAAUAAACAA